CUAGGCUUAGGAUCUACCUCAUGCUCCUUUUUCUCUUUUUUGUGUUCCUGGAUAUGGUCGAGGAUUUCAUCUACCUGUCACUGCUGAGUCAGAAGAAGCGUCUCUAUGCUCCUCAAGCGAGAGUCCACAAAAUCCUGAAAUGCAAAUUUAGCCUGAGAGAGCUCGCGAAGAGACAUGGGAAUUGAAUGCAGACGUUUCGGACGUGCCUCCUUGUCUUCAUUAUUGUUGGCAAAGGCUAAGCUUCGAGUUUCGUCAAACGUGUAUAGUCCGAAUAACCAUCUUUCUCUCUCUACUUCUGCAAUGGCGAAGAAGAAAGGAAGGGCUAAAGGAUAUCAGGAUCCGAACCCGCAGUCACGCUCGCCAAGCAAACAAAGGGAUGAAGAACACUCGAUUGAAGGGAAUGUUGGAAACGGUGCAUCAUCUGGAAGUAAUUCACCUGAGGAAAAUCUAGAUCUGAGCACGACCAGUACAGAGAAAUUGGAAGCAGAGAAUCAAGAGGAGAAUAAGAUUACUGAUGCCAAAACGUACGCGGAGGUGGUAGGUGAUCAGGAUGCGAUGCAGAUUGGUCUAACGUUCGUUCAAGAAACAGAGAUCAAUGGAACUAGGGUUGCAAAAUUCUCAAAAGAGGACAUUCUCGAACCAUCCAGGUAUUGGGAUGCAGCUAUGAUUCUCUGUAUACUUGGAGCUAAUCCCCCCUUGGAAGUAGUCAAUGGCUUUGUAUCUAGAAUAUGGAAUAUGUAUCAUAUUGAUGAGGUAUCGGUGCUUAAGGAAGGACAAUUCAUAGUUAUGUUUCAGAAGGAAGAGGAUAGAGAUGAAGUUAUAAAAAGGAAAUACUAUUAUUUUGAUAACAAGCCAGCCCUGGUUCAAAAAUGGAGGCCAGGGAAGCAUGUUGAUGUUACUGAGCUUAGGGACAUACCUAUUUGGGUGAAAUUUCCUGAUCUGGAUAUGCGCUACUGGAGUCUUACAGGGUUAAGAAAAUUGGGGAGUUUGAUUGGGAAGCCAGUAAGGAGAGAUAAGGCUACCGCUGAACGUUCAAAACAUGCUUAUGCCAGGAUACUUGUUGAAGUGGGAGUGUAUCAGGAAUUUCCACAACAGAUCACAUAUGUUACUAAAGAGGAGAGAGUGUUGACACAGGAUGUAGUGUAUGAAUGGUGUCCUUGUAUGUGCUACCACUGCAAGAAAAUAAGACAUCUUCAGGAGAAUUGUAGAUGGAAGGAAAACAAGAAGAAGGAAGCUGGCCCAAUGAAACAAUACUGGAGAGUUAAAAAGGAUGGGAAAGAACAUCAACAAGAGGAUAUUCCAAAGAAAGAUGACUGUGAACAAAGCAAUGGAGAGCUGGAGGAAAAGGAGAAGAAUAUCCAAAAUGACAAUUUACCGAAAGAUAUUCCCCCAGGAAAUAUGGAUGAGGGCUUUACAGAAGUAUGUGGAAAAAAGGCUGCUAGAAAAUUGGUGUUAGAUGAUAGCAAAGACUAUGAUGAAAAAGGAUUGCAUAAGGAGACUUUAAUAGCAUCCUCAGCUGUGAGGAUAGAUGUGGUGGCAACCCAGUCAAGGGCCCUAACCAAUGUUGAGUGGGUCCUACAGUUUAACUCCAAGGUGAUAAUAAAGGAGAAGGUACUGUCUGACCAUUCACCUCUCUUUAUCAAUAACUGGAAGCAAGAAAAGAGGCACACCUUCAGAUUCUGUGACAUGUGGACUAUCAGUCCUAAUUUCCCCAAAAUUGUUAGUGAAGUGUGGGAUAAGGAGAGGCAAGGCAGACCCAUGUAUAUACUACUACAGAAACUUAAGGAACUUAAAUGGAGACUUAAGAAGAUGAAUAAGGACAGGUUCAAUGAUAUACAUAAUAGACCUGAGAGACUCAGGGGUGAGCUCUACAAUAUUCAAGAGGCAAUUAAGAAAGAUCAUGAUAGGGAGGAGCUGUUUGAUAAGGAAAAAGAGCUGAUCAAGGAACUUAAUUGGAGCUUGAGGGCUGGAUACUUGAUGAAAUGCCAACAAGAAAAACAGAACUGGAUUUUAGAGGGGGAUCAGAACUCUAGAAUGUUCUUUGCCUGGGGUUUGUUGGGAUCUACACAAUGGACAGAUAACAUCCAGGGAAAGGUGCUUAGUGUUGAACAACAACUAGAGCUAGCUGCCCCAAUUAACCUAGUCUUGGUGAAGCAGUGUAUGUUUGAAAUACCCAACUGCAAAAGUCCUGGUCUUGAUGGAUUUAGUAGUGGGUUCUUCAAACACCAAUGGGAUGUAGUAGGAGAAGAUGUUACCCAGGCAGUUCUAGAUUUCUUUCAAACAGGUAGACUUAGGAAGGUUGUGCCUACUAUCAUAGAUACCAACCAGGGUGCUUUCAUAGAAGGAAGAGACCUAGUACACAAUGUCCUUAUGUGUCAGGAAUUGGCAAGAGGAUAUAAAAGGAAGGGGAUAUCACCCAAGUGCAUGAUGAAGCUGGACAUUAAAAAGGCAUAUGAUUCUUUAAGUUGGAAAGCAGUUCUGCAGAUUAUGGCAACUUUGAAAUUCCCUCCCAUAUUCAUAAAGUGGAUCAAUUUCUGUAUUACCAGCACAGCUUAUUCCAUACAGUUGAAUGGUGAUCUAUAUGGUUUCUUCAAGGGAGGAAAAGGCCUAAGCUCCUUCACCUACCACCCCAUAUGUAAAAGCUAUAAACUUGUUAAUUUGGUUUUUGCUGAUGACUUAAUUGUUGUGAGUAAAGAAGAUGAAAAAUCAGUGGACUGUAUAUUCAAAGCUCUGAAACAUUUCUCUCUAACAACUGGUUUGCACAUCAACCAAGCCAUGUCACAGAUAGUAACUGGAGGAGUAAGGAAGGAAAUUGAAACGAGGAUAUUGGAGCUCACUAAUAUCCCUAAGGGUGACUUUCCUUUCAGAUACCUAGGUAGAGCUAGAUUGAUCAAUUCUGUUCUGUGUGGGGUUAUCUUCUUCUGGACUAGAAUCUUUAUCAUUCCCAAUAAGAAGGUUUCUCAAUGGGCUGGAACUGACCUUACUGCUGGCAAUAUUAAUGAGAUGGAAAACAAAAUUGUGAGGGGAAGCAACAGGAAGGAGAGGAAGAGAAGAGCAGCCUUGGUGGCAGCGUGCUUCUAUAUAAUUUGGAAGGCCAGGAACAACAUAGUCCAUGGAAAGAAGAGAUGGAAUGCAGUAGAUAGUGUUGAAUAUGUUAAAUAUCAUGUUACUACUUAUGUGAAGCCUAAGAGAGCUCUCCAUCUUAUCGCAUCUACCAUUGGUACCCCCUUACAGGUCGACUCUUGUACUUUAAAUUUCUCCAGGCCGGCUUUGGCUAGAUGCUGUGUGGAAGUUGAUAUUUCCAACCUCCCUCCUCCAAAGGUCUUGAUUAAUCAUGCUGGUGAGGAACUUAUUUUUUCCUUCAUCUAUGAGAAUGUUCCCUCCUACUGCAAGGAAUGCAGGAGAACAGGUCACCAGAGGGAAGCGUGCAUGGCAAAAAACUCUGAUCGGAAAAGGGAUGAACCACCGGAGAAAGAGGCCCUGGUUUCACAGGAACACAAACACACUAGAAAAUGGCAAGUAGUAACAUCCAAAAAAGGUAAGGCCAAGGUGACUGACAAUCUUGAGUGGCGGGCCAAGAAAACUGAUUUUUCUGAACACCCCAAGAAAACUAAUGCAACUUGGGUAGAAGGUCCAGGUGAAUCCUCGAAAAACCCUAUAGAGAUACCUGUUUCACCCACCCCACCACUUGUUGAGAAGGUUGGGAAAAAUUGGACCUACUGGAUUACGGACCCUUCUAUCCUAUCAACUCUCACUUUACGUCAUGUGUAUGAAAAUGUGCUUAGGGCCCCCAUCAUCAGUGAUUCCCAGCAACUUGUGGACAACUCUCUAGCUAUUGUCCCGUUCCAGGAGAAUCAGUUCCUCUCUCUCCCUGAAGAUGAACCACCGGAAGUUGGGUUCUUCACUGAAGCAAAAGAAAUUGAUAAAAAUAUUCAACACCUGGAUUACCUACUUGCUAUAGAGGAGUUCCCUCCUUUGCCACCCUAUUCAGUUGGCAAGGAAACCCUAAGCAAUGCCCCCUCACUUCAGGCCAUCAUUGAGGAAGAGCAGGGUGGGGGUAUGAGAGGCCUUGCUAUGAAACUCUCUAACCUCAAAAACACACUCAUCAAAUGGAAUAAGGAAACUUUUGGAAAUAUUUUUGAGGAAGUGUCUAAGGAACAAGAUAGGUCAGAAAAGGCAGAAGCCAUCCUUGAAAUGGAUGAAUCUGAAAAAAACCUCAUGGAGUUCAAGCUAGCUACACCCCUUCUGCAGCAAGCUUUGAAAAAAGAGGAAUGCUUUUGGGCCCAAAAGACUAACAUCAAAUGGAUCUCCCAAGGGGAUGCUUCUACUUCUUUUUUCCACUCCUAUGUAAGGGGAAGAAGGCACAGACUACAUAUCUCCUCUUUAAAGGAUGGGAGAAGAAACAUCCAUACCACUUUUGAUGAGAUAGCAAGGAUAACAGUGGAGCACUACACAGAGGUUUUCUCCUCAAUACAUGAAGGGGAUAUGGGAGAAAUCCUAAAUCUUAUUCCUUCUUGUGUAUCUGAACAAGACAACACUUUGCUCAGUAGCAUCCCAGCUGAGGAAGAAAUUAAAAGAACCAUUUGGUCUUUAAAUGCCAAUAGCACAGCAGGAUCUGAUGGGUUUAAUGGCUUCUUUUUCAGGAACUCUUGGGACACUAUCAAAACUGAUGUGUGCAUGGCAGCUCAAGAAUUCUUCAUUGGUGUCCCUAUGCCUAAAGCCUUUGGCAGCACACUCAUAACCCUCAUCCCUAAAAAUGAAGCAGCCAUCACCCUGGACCAGUUCAGGCCCAUCUCCCUAUCAACUUUUUUCACCUUGGAAGGGCUAUCUAGAUCCAUCAAUUAUCAUCAUUCACUCAGGAUGCUCUCACACUUCUCUGCUGGAAGAACACCCACCCCAAUCCACCUUCUCUACGCAGAUGACAUCAUUCUUUUCACCAAAGCUGAAUGCAGAAAUCUCCUCAGGCUAAAGAAGAUACUGGCAAGUUUUAUGCAGGCCUCAGGUCAGGAGAUCAACUAUAACAAGAAUCAAGUUAUUGUCCAUGAAAAAAUGAAGCCAGCACACCAAUACAAGAUCAAAAAAAUCCUUUCUAUCAAAUGUAGUACCAAAGCGUUUAACUACCUUGGAUUUACCAUUGUAAAAGGAAAGCUUAAGAAGAUACACUGCAAGGACUUGGUUGAAAAGUUUGAGAAGAGGAUAAAUGCUUGGUAUAGUAAGAAGCUAAACCAAAUGGGGAGGCUUAUUCUUAUCAAGCACGUGCUAUCCUCAAUCCCUUUACACCUUAUGGCUGCCCAAAGAAUACCCAAGUCCAUAACAAAAAUUCUUAAAAGGCAAAUGGAAAAUUUCUUCUAGGGGGAAAAGGAAGAGGGACCCAAAUACCACUGGAGGAGAUGGGACAAGAUGUGUUUCCCCUUUGAGGAAGGAGGACUGGGGAUAAGAAAUUUAACACUAAGCCAGGAUGCAGCUUUCAUUGACCUAUGGUGGAACAGAUCCAGGGGAAUACUAUUUGGAGCAAAUACAUGAGACAUAAAUACCUCAGAGAUGG